ACGGUCUGGAAAACAUGAGAGCUGUGUGCCUGCAUGGCAGGGCAAAAGCAUGUCCACAUCUCAGCACCUACAGAGCUGUGUCAUCUCGCACAGAUGUUCCAGGGAUGGAUACAGGACAGUGGAGAUGCUCCUCUCAGCUGCUGCACCUAAGUGUUCUCAUUCCACCGUCAUCAGAUUACAUACAUUCCAGCCGGCAACAGUAUCACUGCCCCCGACAAUCUCAUGUCCCCUUUAAAGUCUACAGAGGGCACCCACUUUCUCUGACAGUGCCCCACAGCAGGUCUUCCUCAUCCUUGUGCAUCAAGACGGGUCCAGACAUUGUUCCUACAAAGCGAGUGGUGCCAGGUUUCACCACAAGGUUCACUGGCGGGAAUCUGUUUAAAGAAAGACGGUUUUUACAGGUCUCAGAAGGCUACUUGGUCCCCGAGGAUCCCCCCACCUCACACAUAGAUACAACCAAGAUCAAACAACAGAAUGAGGAACAGAAAGAAGUGGGACUGUCACUGUUGAGAUGUAUACCAUUUGGAGAGCAGAACCAGAGAGAACUCGCUCCAGACAUCCCCCUGAGACAAAACGAAGCCCGCAACAGUUCAUCUGGGCUUGUGGUGAGCAGCACAGACCCAAGAGGAAAACGACUAUGCAAAGACACUUUGGGGAACAAAAAGCAAAUGGGUGUUUUACCCUCUGUGACAAAACCUUCAGGUAUCAUGAAGUUGGAACUCCCACGUUCACAGAGUGACAUGCUCCGUAAGCUUCAGGUUAAAGACAUCAGGCAGUGUGACUUUGGAAGAGAAAUCCAAAAAAGUACUGCUACAAAAGAUGCAAUAUGUACAAGACUGUCACAGUCUGCCCCACUGUAGUGUACAAUGUUUAUUAAAGAUGGAUUCGUACUCUG